CAGUCGCCUCCCGCCACAUUGCUCACUUCUCUCAUUUCAAUUUCUGCUAGCGCACGCUCUCCGAGGCAAAACCAACACCUCUCUCUCUCUCUCUGUCAGAUUCUCAACCUUUGGUUGAAACAAUGAUUAUUGCAGAGAAAUCGAACGAAGCUGAGAUCACCGAGCAGGACGCGCUUCUUCAGGCAAUGUAUCAUCCACUUCCGAUGAUGCAGUAUAAGAGAGUUGUGGAUCUUCAUAACUUGCUCGGAGGAGACUCGAAUCAGACUAGUGUGCGUGGGAUCAGUGAUGAGAAUGAACGAGAUCGCUGGGGAAAGAAGCCUAUGAACACUGACGCAAGCAGAGGUAAGAAGGAGUUGAAGCGCCUGAGGGUUUUGAGGAUGGCAGUGAUUUACAUGAUGAUGUUUGUGCUGAAUCUGUACGAGUUCGCGAAGAAGAACUUGGGGCCUCUGAGAUCGACUGUGUGGACUGUGGAGGUUGCUAUGAUCACUAUUGUUGGUCCAGUCUACCAGAGAUUCAAGGGAGUGCCUGAUGAUUUCUUUGCUUUACUCGACACGAAGAUUGAUGAAGCAGCUGACAAGUUUGAUAAGCAUGCUCCUCCUUUGGCUAAGCAGGUGGUGUACCUAACUCUAGGUUCUAUCCAGAAAGCAUUGAAAAAGACCCAAGCAUUUGUGAACGAGGCUCAGGCUGGCGGUCUGCACACAGCUAUUCAUUCUGCAGCUACAGAAUAUAACCUGCUUGUCUUCAACCAAUCAAUGAAGUUUUGGGUUGGACUCGAGUACCAGUGUCCUCCCACACACAGUGGCAGAGAAGGCUACACCAGCUGCUGCUUACUUGUCCCGGAAAUACAACAAGGUGGUAAGAGACUUGAACCUGAAGGGUUACACUAUCUUUGGAUAUUUACCUUUGGUUCCGAUCGAUCAGAUAUCAACAGCACUUAAUAGGGCGAGGCAGAGAAGAUAGGAGAGGCAGCUAUGCAUGUUGAGCAUAAACACCAUUACCUAACUCCCAGGUCUUCUGCUGGUUCAAUUUACUUUUGCUGCUCCUAGGUUUCUGGUUUCAUGAUAUCUCAUAUAGGGGCAUAUAGGGUUGGAUUAGCUACUUGGCUCUUUUAGAAUGACCACUACAAGGCUGGCGAUUAAGUAAAUGACUAUUGCUAGACUUGCCUAUUAUCAUUUUUCAGUAUGUAAACCAAAAACAUAGUGCCAAUUUGUAGAUUAACAAUUUGGUUGUGAUUAUUUCCGAUUUUCCAAGAGAGAGAAUUAUUUCCAACUCUCCCAUCCAAACAUGUAGAUAAACAGCAGUGAGUGACCAACUCCUACUUUAAGCCUUUAUUUUGUAUUGUCUGUGUAAGCAAAAACUAGAAUCAAUGAGAUGUCUAGAUAGUAUGACAACAUAAAGCUUGUAGGAUUCACACAUCGAAAGGAUAAAAUUCUUCCACAACACAACAGUGACAUGGACUCUUAUUAACAAGCAGAGACCAGAUUUGAUAAAAGCAUCUAACACGAAAUAACAUUUCUGCAACGCAAUUUAGAGAGCUC